UCCCUCCCUCCCUCCCUCCCUCUCUCCUAUUCUUCUCUAUUUCUCUCUCAUAUUUCACAGACCAAUGUAAAAAAAAAACACUACCAUAAAAGCAGAGAGAGAGAGAGAGAGAGAGAGAGGAGGAGAGGAGAGGUAGAAAAAGAAAAGAAAGGAAAAGGAGAACAACCACAUCACCAAAAUUCCAUCUCCAAAGACAACCUUAAAAAACACAAAUCUGAAAAAUUGUUGUUGUAUUAAAAGUUGGUGUCUGAGACAGAGAGAGGGGGGAGAGAGAGAGAGAGGAGGGUAGCGCAAUGGGGAAUUCAUUUGGGUGCUCAGCAUCAGGGGAGAGAUUAGUUUCCGCAGCAAGAGAUGGAGAUUUGGUCGAAGCCAAGAUGUUAUUGGAUUGCAAUCCUUGUCUUGCUAAAUAUUCUACUUUUGGCGGCCUUAAUUCUCCUCUCCAUUUUGCUGCUGCUAAAGGCCACAAUGAGAUUGUGGGGUUAUUGUUGGAGAAUGGAGCUGAUGUGAAUUCCAGGAAUUAUUGUGGCCAGACGGCAUUGAUGCAAGCUUGUAGAUAUGGACACUGGGAAGUUGUGCAGACCCUUUUGUUGUUUAGAUGCAAUGUUAUAAGGGCAGAUUAUCUUAGUGGAAGAACUGCUCUACAUUUUGCAGCAGUAAAUGGGCAUGUGAGAUGUAUAAGACUAGUUGUAGCUGAUUUUGUUCCUAGUGCCCCCUUUGAAGCUAUGCAUACUCAGAUGGAAGGUGAUACCAGGGAUGGUUCUAGUGUGAAGAACAGGUUUGACCAGAGUGCACUGUCGAGGUUUGUAAAUAAGGCGGCCGAUGGUGGUAUCACUGCUCUUCAUAUUGCUGCAUUGAAUGGGUAUUUUGACUGUGUACAGCUUCUACUUGAUAUUCAUGCAAAUGUAUCAUCAGUGACAUUUCAUUAUGGGACAACUAUGGAUUUGAUAGGAGCUGGAAGCACCCCUUUGCAUUAUGCUGCUUGCGGGGGCAGUUUAAAAUGCUGUCAGAUCCUCCUUGCAAGAGGUGCCAGUCGGAUGACAUUAAAUUGCAACGGGUGGCUGCCUGUUGAUGUUGCCAGAAUGUGGGGGCGUCAUUGGCUUGAACCAUUGUUAGCACCAAAUUCUGACUCUGCGAUACCUAGAUUUCCUCACUCGAAUUACUUAUCCUUACCUCUUUUGAGUGUGCUUAAUAUAGCAAGAGAGAGCGGGAUGCAUUGCUCAGUAAGCGCCUCUGAUGACCCUGAUAUUUGUGCUGUCUGCCUGGAGAGAGCAUGUAAUGUAGCCGCUGAAGGGUGCGGACAUGAGCUUUGUGUGAGAUGCGCGCUCUAUCUUUGCUCAACGUGCAACAUCCCUUCUGAAAUGGUGGGCCCUACUGGCUCCAUCCCAUGUCCUCUUUGCAGGCAUGGAAUUGUCUCUUUUGUUAGAUUGCCUGGUUCCUCAGCAAAAGAAAUGAAGCUUCCUCUAUCUCUCGGACUGUGCACUCCAUGCAUGCUUCAUUCACAUGAUGUGGAUGGGCAAUCGCCAGCAUGUUUACCAGAGGUCCGAAAGAAUCGUGUGGUUUCAGUUUCUUCUGAUUUUCUCUGCCCAGUCACUUGCAGUCCAUUUCCUUCUGUUGGCAUCCCUUUGUGUACCUGCAAUGAUGGGCCAUGCCCAUCUUUUGAACCCCAAGAGGUAGAAUCACAAGAUGAAUCCUCUCACCGUCCACAAACAUCUGUAGAGCAGGAUAAAAUGGAAGGACCAAGGCUUGAGAAAACAAGCUGCUCAAGUAUGUUUUGGGGAAGAAGGAGCUGCAGCAGAGAGCAUCAGUGCAAUUCAGAAAUAAAUACAUGACUUGUUUUGGUGGAUGAAUGGUCUGGAUUAAAUAUUUUAUUGACAUCAGUGUGUGUGCAAGGUGGUGAUAUUUUGUCAUACCAAUCUCAAACACUGAAAAUUUCCAAAAUCCAUGUUUGCUUCCAGUUUUUCUUCGGCUGACCACAUGGUAAUGGAUUUUGGUUUGGAAACAAGGCAGUUGAGUGCCCUUUAGAUGUAUUUUUAAAAUAUCUGGUGAGGGUUGUAAAAAUUGUAUUGGGGGGGGGGGGGGGGGUGUUUUACAGAUCAUUUGUAACCGGUUGUGUCAUCAAAGAACAGACCUUGUCCCUUUUCCUUCCUUCCUUCAAACUAACUGCAUUGCUUCUGUUA